UGAGAACCACGAUGGCAAUGUUCGUCUCCGAGUGCGGGCUCUUGUCACCUUGGUGGGGGCUCAUAUAUAAUACAGAUCGUCGUCGAUCGAGCACUCCAGUUUUACCCAAAAGACUCACGCGGAAUAUUCUUCCGUUCAAUGUCAGGGACACUGCGUGUUGUGAUAUUCAGUAUAAUAUAAAGUGAUCAAGUGAAAGAAGUCUCAAUUUUUUCUUUAAUUUUUCAAUCAAUUCUUAGAAGAAGUUCUUUUUUUGGUGGAAGAUUAAAAAAAAGUGAUCAAGUGAUUUGCAUAGAAUCGCAGAAUUCUUUUGAUCUUUUCCAGACGUGUAACCAACGAUUGCAAAAAAAAAGGAAAGAGAUCCACAAUUUGGGUGUUCUUUUGAGAGAAUUUGUUUUUUUUUUCACCCCCCAAAAGAGGAAAAAACAUAUUUUUGUGAUCAAUCGUUUGUGGGGCCUUUGUCCUCUCAAUCAAGAUGAAAUUAAUUGUCUUGUUGGUGAUCUUUUGUGCUAAGGCACAACAUUUGUACGGUGACACGAUGGAAAUGGAUGAUUCAAUUGUAAUUCAUGCUGCUCAGAGGACUCCAAGGCAGGUACUUGGUCUACCCACGCGAGAGACAACAAUUUGGGGGAAUGUUAUCCAAGAGGGAAGUGCAUGCCUCACAUCUCGUGGCCAUUUGGGCUUCUGCACGUCCGUCAAACAUUGCUACCCCUACUUUAAGCUACCCAAUUUGGGACUCUGGGAAUCCUGGGUACUUGGAAACUACGACACCUGCACCUAUUUUGACGCCAAAGGCUCACCUGCAUUUGGUGUCUGCUGUACAAAUCCCAUUACUCUACCCCCAUCCACAACGGCACCAUCAACGGAGGAAGAGGAAAUGACAAAACCCGAAGCUCCAGAGAAGCCAAAUGAGGAGGAAACCGAAGAGAUGGAAAAGCCAGAAGAUAAACCAGAUGCAAACAAGAGUCCCGGCGUGUGGCCCCCACCUGUACCGACACAUCCACCAAAUCACACACCCGCUACGCAUCCACCAUGGAUCACUGGUGGUGUUGCCGGAGGGCCCAUUGCUGGGGUACCCAUAGCCGGUGUCCCCGUUGCCCCUGCAGCCACGAAACCCACAACAAAACGCCCCAGCGUUGCCACAACCUGGCCCACACGUCCUCCCGUCUUCCAGUGGCCUCCAACAACCACACCAAGUCCCGCCCUGCCCACGCGUCCCAGCACAACGACAACAGCCCCACAAGCCCCUCAGGCUCCCCCAUCGGGAAUCAACACGAAUUGUGGCGUGAAAAAUGGCUACCAGGACUCUGAGAGGAUUGUCGGUGGACACAAUGCCGAUCCCAAUGAGUGGCCAUGGAUUGCAGUACUCUUCAAUGGUGGACGACAAUUCUGUGGGGGAUCCCUCAUCGAUAGUCAGCACGUUCUCACGGCAGCCCAUUGUGUAGCACAUAUGAGUUCGUGGGAUGUAGCUCGAUUAACCGUUCAACUGGGAGAUCACAACAUUCGUUCAGCUACAGAGGUGGUCCACGAGACGCGUCACGUUAAACGAGUUGUCCGCCACAGAGGAUUUGAUUCACGUACUCUGUACGACGAUAUUGCUCUUUUGACCCUUGACCGUCCUGUGACAUUCUCCUCAUCAAUUCGACCAAUCUGCUUGCCACCAUCAAAUGAUGUUCGAUCCUACAAUGGGAAGACCGCUGUUGCCAUCGGAUGGGGGAGUUUGAGAGAAAACGGCCCUCAGCCAUCGAUUCUACAAGAAGUUAGCAUUCCAAUUUGGAGCAAUGAGCAGUGUGCUAGGAAGUACGGAUCAGCUGCACCUGCUGGUAUUACGCAAAACAUGCUCUGUGCUGGACAGGAUAAUCGGGAUUCUUGCAGUGGUGAUUCUGGUGGACCCCUCAUGGUAAAUGAUGGCAAAUGGACGCAGGUGGGUGUCGUGUCUUGGGGCAUUGGUUGUGGUAAAGGUCAAUAUCCAGGUGUCUACACGCGAGUCUCCAACUUUAUGCCAUGGAUCAUGAAAAAUCUCUCCUAAAAACACUUCUGUGCCCUUCAAAAGGAUGGCUCUUCUGGUAGCAAAAAUAAAAUCUUCAUUAUUCUGAAGAUUUGACGCGUAAAUAUAUUAAUGAAUUUGUAUGCCAUAUUUGUAAGGAAAUAAUUUCAGAUUUAUUUUAUAAUUUAUAUAAUGUGAAUUUAAUGAUAAGAAAGUAUAGGUAUAUUGUAUGUCUGUGAAGGAAAAAUCAAGCUUUUCUUGCUUGAUUUUUUUGGGGAAGAAAAAAAAAAAGGAAUUUAGACGAGAUUUUUUGAUUGUAAAGAAAAAACUUUAAUUUGAAAAGAAAUUUUUAAAAAUGCAAAACUAUAAGUACUCUGCGUUGAUACCACUGCU